AUGAAGGUGACGGCCCUCGCGAUCGCCGCCGCGACCCUCGUGUCGUCGGCCUGCGGCCAGUACAUGAAGACCCCCGUCAUGGGGCGGUACACUGCCCAGAGACAGUCCGUCAGACAGGCGACGAACGACUCCAGCAACGCCUGGCCGUACGGCCCCUUCAGCACCCAAGGCCGCGACAUUGUCAACAGUCGCGGCGAGGUCAUCACAUGGGCUGGCGUCAAUUGGCCCAUGAGCGGCGAGACCAUGGUCCCCGAGGGCCUGGAAUGGUCGUCGGUUGACAAGAUCCUGGACAGUGUCGCCAGCAUUGGCUUCAACUACAUCCGAAUGGGCUACGCCAUUGAGAUGGUGGACCAAAUCUACGACCGCGAAGGCGAAGACGUCCCGCUCGAGGUCGCCAUGAUCAACGCCCUCGGCUACGUCAACGGCACCAAGGUCACCAACGAGAUCAUCAAGCAGAACCCGACCUGGACGCGCGAGACCACCCGCUUCGAGAUCUGGUCCGACAUCGCCAAGGCCGCCCUCGACCGCGGCAUCUUCAUCUCCCCGGACGUCCACGUCAGCAAGGCCAUGUGGUGCUGCUCCCACACCGACGGCAACGCCUGGUUCGACGACGUCUACUUUAACACCACCCACUGGCGCCGCGGCCUCUCCUACGUCGCGAACUGGGCCCGCGACCACCCAAACAUCGUCUCCAUGUCCCUGCGCAACGAGGUCCGCGAGUCCUGGAACAAGACAGACCUGUACUACAACUGGGACACCCUCGUCGGCAACUUCUCCGCCGGCGCCGACGCCAUCCACGAGGCCAACCCGGACGUGCUCAUCCUCUGGGGCGGCAUGCAGUACGGCCAGGACCUCUCCGCGCUCACGAGCGGCAAGAACUACCUCACCGCGCCGUGCUACAAGUGCACCGCCAUCCGCGACGCCGCGCGCCGCGAGCCCAAGGUCUUCGACGUCGACGCGCACGCCUGGGCCGACAAGCUCGUCUGGGAGCUGCACCUGUACAAGAUGAGCGAGGACGUCGACACGGGCACCUGCCCCAUCAUCGAGGCCGGGUUUUACCGCUCCGGGUUCAACGCGCUGGGGAUCGACAAGCCGGCCGCGUGUAAUGUUACCGGCGACUGCCCGAAGGCGAGCCGUCUGACGCCCGUCAUCCUGUCCGAGUUCGGCAACGCGCAGGACGACACGAUGCGCAACGACACAUUGCAGGUCUGCCUGCGCGAGUUCACCGUCAAGAACAAGAUCAGCUGGAUGAUGUGGGGGCUGGCGGGCAGCUACCGUAUUCGUUCCGGCGCGCAGGGCGUCUUUGACGGCUGGGCGCUGGGCAACUACGAGUGGAACGGGUGGAAUGACCCGGGCACCAUUGAGGAUGUCUGGAAGCCGUGGGUGAAGAACAUGAAUGUCACGACGAAGGCUUAA